UCAGUAACUGUGGAUGGCUCUACUAUGGCCAACUCAAAGGAGAUUGGACGUUGAUGACGGUCAACUCCAUUGGCGUCUCUCUGCAGAUCUGCUACAUCCUGGCCUACCUCUACUUCAGCAACGAGAAGUUUCAGGUGAUGACCAAAGUUGUCCUGGCUGGAGCAGUUCUGGGGACAGUCUAUUGCUACUUUGCGAUGUUGGUGUCAGACACAGACCUCCGUAUGAACCAGCUGGGCUUCCUGUGCAGUGCUUUCACUAUCACCAUGUACCUCUCACCACUUGCCGACUUGGCUAAAAUUGUACGAACCCGGUCAACAAAGUGCCUCUCGUUCCCUCUGACCGUAGCCACGCUGCUGACAUCGACCUCAUGGACACUAUACGGUGCCCAGCUGGCGGACCCCUACAUCGUGAUUCCGAACGUUCCAGGAAUCCUCACCAGCCUCGUACGGUUUUGGUUAUUCUGGAGGUUCUCACCUGUACAGGACAAAUUCCCCUUUCGGCCUGUUCAGGCCUGAGGCCUAACUCAGGCCUGAGGCCUAACCUGAGCCUGAAGCCUAACUCCAGCCUGACGCCAAUACUUUUUGCCUCACUGCCUCUGGAAGGGGGAACCACAUGCUAAUCCUAAAUCCCACAGGAGCAGAGAGACUUUUAAAAUGAUCCGCAGGGAUUAAGGGAUUGAUCUGAUUCACAGCCAACAUGCUCUUGCCAAAAUGUCAGAUGAGGACAUUGCAACUCGAGAGAUAUUCGUUGACAGAAUGAUCAGUUGUUUGCAUUCUGAUUUCAAUCUUGAAUCUUUUUUGAAAUGUUUUCUGCUCACCACUUUGACCCUCACUGGGGUACGGGGUCCCACACACACACACACUGACUCUCACUGGGGUACGGGGUCCC